AUGCCCCAAGACUUCUACGCUGUUCUUGGCGUGGCGGCGCUGGCGUCUGCUGAAGACAUCAAGCGCCGCUACAAAAAACUCGCGCUCCAGUUUCAUCCCGACAAAACGGGCAACCCGAGCGACAAUGAGCGGUUCCACACGAUUCAACAAGCAUACGACACUUUGAAAGACGCCACGCUGCGGCGGCAGUACGACGCCAAAAACGGGGUCCAGGCCAAGCCCAGCUCUGCAGACCCAGCAGGAGACGGCUCGGGCUUCUCCGGCUUCCCACACUCGAAAAACGGCGCCUCUGGCUUCCACAGCUUUGCUAGCGCUUUUGGCCAUUUCUACCCGCCAAGCGACUCGAGUUACUUUGGGUGGUACAAACAGAACUCACGUGCGUACACAGACGCCUACACACGCAGCCGGCCGGACCCGCAGACAGCCGCCCGCAUGGCCCAGAUGGGCAUGCAGCAGGACUUGGAGCGGCGGCGGCGCGAGUACGUCGAGCAGGCGCAGCAGCAGCGCGAGGAGCUUGCACGGCGGCAGCGAGAAGAGCGCGCCCGGCAGGAGGCCGAGGACGAGCUCCGGCGGCGGCGGCAGGCGGCUGAACAGGCCCAGCAGGAGGAACAGGCCCGGCAGGCCAGACAAGCGGCCCAAAGUCGCGAGACAUACCAGUCCCGGUACUGGCAGGCGAAACAGGAGGCACACAACCCGCCUGUGUAUGAGGUCAGCGAAAGCGAGAGUCUGACCCGGGGCUACGACUCUGCAGAACCUAUAGUGGUGGAGGAUGAGAGUGAAGAGAGCGCGGAAAGUGAAGAGAGCGCAAACGAAAGCGAAGUUGACGGCGAAAGUGAUGGCGGCGUCAAGGAGCAGGCAAGCGAGAGCGAAGAUGCGGGCGAGAGUCCGCAGAGCUUCCACGAUGCCCAUCCGCCGGCAAAAGAGGCUGAAACGUCGUUCCAGAGCGGCGUCAAGGAGGAAAGCGCCGCUGAGGGCAUCAACAACGCCUCUGCAAAUGGAGACUCCGUUCAAGAUGGAAAUAGUGCGAGCUCGGGCCAAAAUGGAAGUGGGAGCUCCGGCCAAAAUGCAAGUACUAGCUCUAAUUCGCCAGCCGACCUGCGGCCUGAACACGCCGAUUCGGGCUCGCCGCGGCGGCUGGCCACACAAGCGUUUGAGUCGCCCGCAUACGGCGCCCGUGGCGCCAAGCGCACCAAAUUUGCCUUGGGCGACCUCCGCGAUUCGCUUGCGUCGGGACUUGACACCGAUCUUGAUGAUAUGCGACAGACGUUGCCCACAACACCCAAAGCUCGCAAGUCCAGUGCGCCAGGACUGUCGGCCAAGAGGGCAAAGGUGGAAAAGGCAGAGUACACGGACGGGCGCAGCCGUGCACAGACUCUUUUCACUCCCGUCAAUAGGGGAUUCCGGUCUGGCGGCGGCACCAUUUCUGUUCUGGACUUGUCGCCGUCGCGGGACGAAAGAGCACUCGUCUUUCUGGAAACCCCACCGCGGAUCGACGUGCUGCGGGCAACACCAGAACAAUGGCAGGCUCACGUCACACGCAUGCAACAGUAUGAAAGGGCAUUUUCCAGCUACCGCAGGGCUGUACUUGAGUACCAGGUGGGAAGGCUCGAAAAGGACGAGCGCCAUCACAACGUGAUAUACUCGGACACGUCGUGCUUGGACGUGUUGCAGACAUGUUUGUUCAACGACGUGCUUCUUCUUCAGAGCUACACGCGAGUCCUACAAGAGUUCAAGGAGACGCUACGGCAAUUCUGCCGAGACAGCGAGGCCAGAGCAUAA